AGUCUGCGCCUUAUUUUGUAGCUUUCCACCUACAGUAAUCAUAAUAUGGCAAAUUAUAGCAUUGAUUUUUAAAGUUCUGAGUUGGAGGAGUUCAUUUUUCUUUGCUUCUCGUCAAUCUGUACGGGAUUUGAAUAUAGGUCUUUGAUGAAAAGAGAGGUUAUUUGCUAAUAAUCUGUCAACUGAAACAUCUAGCUAGGUAGCAAUCGGUUAAGUGGUUGGAAUGUUCAUAAACGUUCUAUUAAUUCGGAGAUCGAUAUGACGCUGAGAGAGUUAAAGGUUUGCCUUCUUGGGGACACUGGGGUUGGAAAGUCAAGCAUUGUUUGGAGGUUUGUGGAGGACAACUUUGACCCCAACAUUAAUCCAACUAUUGGGGCAUCCUUCAUGACAAAGACGGUGCAGUAUCAAAACGAGCUUCACAAAUUUCUCAUCUGGGACACUGCAGGGCAAGAGAGAUUCCGUGCGUUGGCGCCAAUGUACUACAGAGGCUCUGCGGCAGCCAUCAUUGUUUAUGACAUCACUAAAGAGGACUCGUUCCAGACGUUGAAGAACUGGGUGAAGGAGCUUCGUCAGCACGGCCCGCCCAACAUCGUGGUAGCCAUCGCUGGCAACAAGUGUGACCUGUCCGAUGCCAGGGAGGUCUCGGAGAAGGAUGCCAAGGACUAUGCUGACUCCAUCCACGCCAUCUUUGUCGAGACCAGCGCCAAGAACGCCAUUAACAUCAAUGAGGUCUUUAUAGAGAUAAGUCAACGAAUCCCUGUCCUAGAUGCAGGGGGAGGGGCUGCAGGGAAUGGCUUCAAACUGCGCCGGCGGCCCUCAGAGACCCGCACCCGGACCUGCUGCUGAUGCUGCCAGUGAACCCUGACCUUAGUCCCACAUUGACCCUUGACCCCUGACCCUUCUUUGCUUGCAGCCUCCAUAAUCCCCCCUAACCACAGACCUGUGUCAUAGAGGCCUGGGAGCUGCAAAUGCCACUCCUCCAUUGGGAAACGCUGAUUACUACCGCCAUUGCAUCCUGCAUCUAAUGCUACACUGUAAAGAGAGAGCAGCCGAGCAAAUUACAAUUCACUGGGAUAUAUGACCAUAUCUCAUCUUUCUAUGCGGCUAACUUUGGCUUAGUUAUUGUGAAGCUGUAAUCUUGUGUUUUUAAUGCCUAUCCGGAGCUCAAAAGGUUAAAAUGAAGUCAACAGCCUUUUAAAGGCGCUGUAUUUGUCUAC